AUGAAACGGAAAGAACUGUUGAUUUUGAUUGGCUCGCUACUUGGGGUGACGCUGGCCGUGACAAUUGUCCUUGUAGUGCUUUACGUAAUCGCUAUUAACGUUGGCUAUGCUGUAAGUCGCUUUUGAAAUUUCGGGAUUUUGCUUUCGGCAAUGCGUAAACUUAUUUAUUGGUUAAUGUCCAUUCGCAAUAAUACGCUUUGCAAUUUUCACCAUUACUUAAAAUAUCAAGUUUUUUGCCUAGAUGUGUCUAUGGUCGCAGAUUCGCCUAAAAGCUCAGAGAACAUUUGACUACUCGGUCUAUCUUCUGGAUUCGAAUGCAUUAUUUAGAUUGCAGAUGCUACUCUGUGCUAACUGUUUUUAGACCCUGUUUAGCUUUGGACGACCCAAAACUAACGCGAGUAAUGGAGGUUAUUAAACUCUCGACAAUUUAUAUCGGAAUAAACGUUUUUAUGAUUUGUUUAAGGAAGCAACAUUGCACAGACCUCCAUGAAAUUAAAUCAAUUUUUCAUAGUAUGCUAUCAUGAUCGACGCCGGAUCAACAUCUUCAAAACUUUCUGUUAUGCGUUGGCGGGACUGGCCUUUUCGAUCAAAUGGAUAUACGGAAGAAGUUACACUGUUAAAAGUUGGUGUGUACACUGAUUUUAACACUUUUUUAUUCUAUUUGAAAACUUAUCAAUGACUACUGGCCAAUCAUCCUUUGCUCUUAAAUAAUAAUAAUUAGUUGAAUUGUAUAUGGAGGUGCAAGCUAUAUAAUUUGGCACACAAUUAAUCUUAUUAGGACUUUUUGAUUUUUUCAUUUCUGGGCAGAAGUAAGUGCAGAAAACACUUGCAAAUGUUAACGUCAAAAGUUCGAUAACCUCUUAAAUUGUAGAUCCGGGAAUUUCAUCUUCAAAGGACGCUCCACAUGAGGCCUAUAAUACUCUCAAACCCUAUUUGACAAAACUUUUGUCUGAACAUAUUCCAAAAGACAAACGCAAAUCAACGAUGUUGUACUUAGGAGCAACUGCUGGUAUGCGGCUCGUAAAGUAAGUAGCCAAAAUACUUUUGAAGCAAUCGCCAUUUAAAAAGACCCCGCUGUGCUAAAGUUCCUUACCUGUGUAGCAUGAGCGGUGUGUUGGAAAAUAUAUUUUUGUAGGCACUUUCUAAGCAAGAUAUAUGCCGAAAUAUAUGUGGCACAUUUUUGCUUAUGAGGUUUAUAUACAGAAAAUACCAGCGAUGGUGAUGCUAACUCCUGUUUACUUCUUUUAGUUUGGAAUCACCUCUGAAGGCAGACGCAAUCAUUGAGGAUUUGCGAAGAGCUUUGCCAGACUUGGGGGUCACUGUUUACAAUCCAUAUUCUGAUAUACGGAUUAUCAGUGGAAGCGACGAGGGAACCUACGCCUGGAUGACAGUUAAUUAUUUGUUAAAGAAGCUUGGGGAUGUAAGUUCGCAAAUUCGAUUUUCAAGUCGUUCAGUUUAUGGCUUAUUAUUUUUGUAUGUUUUUUGGCUGUUUGAAUAAAAUCAUGAGUUCCCUUGAUAUUUGGCAUUUAAGCAACAUUUAUCUGUUGUUUACACAAGUCAAUCAAUUUCUUCGAUGAGCAUUCUAAGAACUAGACGUAAAUUUCGAGGCGGUCACGUCCGCAGUCUACACUAUUGCCACUUUCGCUUAUUUUUUCUUAAACUAAGUCAACAGUUUUGUUUAGAAAUUUCACCCAUAAAAUUGGGAAGACUCAAACAAAACACUUAAUUUUUGCAAACACAGUAUCAUUCUAAAUCCCUCAAAUUUGUUUGACUAACAACAUGAACUUACAAAAUUUCGUUAUUCUUCGUAAAACGCGGGUCAUUUGAGAGUAGUACAAAUGAGUAUACUGAAGUACUUGAACCACGGGAAUGCUCUAAAAGCAACUUAACAUGUAGAUAAACUUGUGUUUUACAGAAAGAUGGAAGGCGUCCCGAGCCGGCUGAUCAAAUGAUGGGUGCUCUUGAUCUAGGCGGUGCCAGUACGCAAAUUACAUUUGUCUCCGAAAACGCAAACUCAGCGUUACAUACCGGAAGGCAUCAGCUAUUUGGAAACGUGUAUAAUGUGUACAGCUAUAGCUAUUUGUGCUAUGGAAAAAGCGCUAGUCAGCAACGCAUCUGGGCUGAAAUAAUAGGCCAACAAACCAGUGUACGUUUUGAUUUAUUUUUAUUUGUAUAUAUAUGGUUUGUAACUCUUUAUAUUCGUUAAUAAAAAUGCCUGAUCUCGAGCACUGCCUCCUUUAGAAAGCAAAGAUUUGUAUCAUAAAUAAUAUGCUAACAAUAAAUUGUAGUGCCGUUUACAUUCCUCCGCGUGUAAGAGUAUAUCAUAUAGCAAACAAUACCGCGACAAGAAUUAUUUGGACAUAGAAACGGCAAAGGGGAUGUUAUUCUCAGGCGGUUGUUUAGUAAUACUAUAGGACGGAUGCUGUUGUUUUCAUUUUAAGAAUAGUACGGUUCAGAAAGAUCUCUUUGCUGAACUUUAAAAUCAUAUCUGACCAUUUUACGUAAUUGAGUUAAUCCUACUCAGGAAAUUGAAAAAUGCUAAACGACUUUUACGCAAAGUAGGCAGCGCCCAGUGGCCAAGCUGUCAGUUUUAUCAAAAGUAGUUUACUCUAAAUUUUUAUAGCAUAUCGAAUACCACUUCCACAGGUCUUAAUAAAUGGACAAUAAUUUUGUAAACGAUCAAGAUAUAGAAGGAAUGUAUUUUUGGAAACUAAAUUAUUUUAAACAAAACCUUUAAAAUAGUGUUUUCCUAUUGUAAAUUAAUUAAAAUACUUGGUGGAGUAAGUUUAAGUCUACGAAAGGAACUAACUUGUCCUACACAACGUUGUAUGUUUCAGACGUAUACUAAAGUAUCUCUGAUGCUUUCAUUUCAGAAGAGAAUAAACAACCCGUGUUUGCUGAAGAAUUAUGAGCUGACGGUGAAAAAGUCAAAACUUUUUACUGAACCUUGCGUAAUUUCAAAGUUUGCAGUGGAAAUUUUUGGAAAUGAAAUAAUUCCAGACCCGGUAAGUUGGGUGUAGUCGUCUUCACAGUAUUGCACUAUUCGUAGUUUUCAAAUGCAAAUGACGAUUGUGAGGAAUAGUUCUACAGCUUGGAGGGAUGUCUUACGUUUGGCAUGUUAGGAGGUUCCGUAUGAGUAUUUAAGAUGCAAACAUCUUCCAGAUUUUUAUGCAAAAUGUCUAAAGCCACAUGACAGAUAUUUGCGUUGACUGUUAGAACUAUCACUCAUGUUAAAAUAUUAGAAUUUAAUUCGACGCACAUCCUGCUAAAUGUUAGUCUAACCAAGUUCUAUUAUAUGAGGAAGUGCGUACUUUUACGAAGGUAUUAAUACGCAUUUUGACCACGCGAUUUUUAAUAAUCAAGGCUCUUGACGAAGAAAUAACUUUUGUUGGGACGGGUGAACCUAUGCAGUGUCGGACAAUUGUUCAACGCCUAUUCCGAUCUACGAACUGUACGACAGCACCUUGCUCGUUCAAUGGUGUUUAUCAGCCUCCACCGAAGGGCAACUUUUUGGUAUGCUUUAAUGUCAAUUGUACGGGCUUUGAUUAUAAUGGGGAGCCAUCGUAUAAUAGUUUUUAUUACAGAACUCCCUUUCUACUCAACAUAAUCCAUUUAAUUUACGUACCAGCGUUGACGGUCAGCUGCUGGCCUUACCUCACACAUAUAUGAUCCAAAAUAUAAAACAGAAUUUAAGGUAAUUGAUUAUGGCAAAUGUCGCAAGACUCAAACGUUUGCAAACUAAAUAUAUAUAAUUCAUUUGUAUAUAAGUUUACAAAGUUCUACUCAGCCGUCUGCCGGACAAAAGAUAUUUAAAGCUUUUUGUUAGACGUAGUAUGAGGGAAACGGUUGCAGGCAAUUGACCGUUUAUGUUCUUGGAAUUCAGGUUAUAUAUGAAGUACAGAUUAAAGCAAAUGGAGAAAACUUCAUCUGUAAGACGUAACGACCGUCCAUUUCUCACUUUCUUUUUCAGGCUUUUGCUGGAUUCUACUAUGUCAUCAAUUUUCUAUUUCCUUCGGGCGGGAAAGGACUUACACGAGACGAAGUGAAGAUAAAAGUUGACGAAUUCUGCACAAUGGAUUGGAAUACGGUAAGGUAACUUUAAAGACUUAAUGGACAGCCAGAUGUAAUAAGUGAAAUGUUGAUGUUGAAAUGCAAUUAGACACACCGAACAACGUAAUUCGGGGAAGAGUGCUGACUCUCUGGGAGCCUCUAGUUAUCCAUUAAUAUACUCCACGCACAAUGCUUCUAUAGACCUGCAAGUUCAUCUUACUGGGUAUAACGUCAUGAAGUCGGACUGUUUGGAAGCUGGUUUAGUACGCAAUCACAUGUAUACUUAAUGAAGUGAAAUAAGCAUUUGGCGGUAAUGGUCCUACCCUAUAUAUUUCAAAAAGUUUUUACUCACUGUUUGCCAGUUAAUGUCUGAGCAGUACAUCCCCAUCUUAAGCCCACUUAUUUUUGGAGGAGCGGGUUCUCUUAUCUAGCAGUUUAUGAAUGUUUUCAGUGUACUGCUCUGCGUAUAUCGAGGUGUUUCUGAAAAUGGUUUUUAACUAUUUCCCGGGAAUUGAACUUGUGACCUUGUGCGUGUUUGUGUGGUCUGCGUAACCAUCUGUUACCUUAUCGUUAGGAAUCGGCCAAACAUCCCGUAGACCAACAUGCAAACGUUGCUGGAUAUUGUCUGGAUGGAAUAUACAUUGACAACCUCCUUGAUGGGUACGGCUUCAAGACCAAUGAACUUUGGCAGAAAAUAGAAUUUGUGUCAAAGGUAAGUUUCCAAUUCACUGAAUGGUUAAUUUUGCCAAAAACGUUUAUAUAUUCAUACGUUCACAAAUAUAGCAAGGCAAGGUCUACCCUCUUUUCGUCGCCUUGCCUGGUGUCAAAUUAACAAGAUGUUUACGGAUUACGGACUGAGCAAGCAGUAUAUGAAUGUCCUUCAAAACGGAGCCUUGGUUGUAUGCGCAAUAAGGGGUUGUGCUGGUCGCUUUAAAGUUUAAGUUGGGGGACACCGCAGAGCAGAGGGAACUAAGACUGUGGCAACCUCAUCCAUGUUAGCUUCAGGCAUUCGUAUACCUAUAAAAUCCUCGUCAUCGUUUUGAGGCUUGUGAGGCUUGGUGGACCGUUUGCGGACAAAGCUAUUUUGCCUUCUAUGGCCAGUCAAAUCAGUAAGCGAUCAUUUCGUCAUGACGAGGCACUUGGUCUGACAGUUGUACCAUCGUAAACGACGACUUCCGCCAGUGAUCCACGAAGUGUGCACAGAAGUGGCUUCAACGAGAACUUUCUUACAGAGAGGCAGGGACGCGAGGUAUCUGCAUCAUUCUCUCCUCACGUACACACACCGUGCUACAGCGGCCAGACAAGUUCAGGACGACGGGAGAUGUGCAUCGGCGUUGGCAGCGCGAAACAGUUGUUCUACGCGUACCGCACACGAUUUCAUCCCUAGCUCCAAAUGUUGCGGACUUCGUUCAAGGGCAGGUUCUCGAAGCUUGUAUAAGUGGGAGUGCCAUAGCAGCCACAUUUGCAAGGGGCCAUUGCAGUCUGACUCCCUGUUUCAAGAAGGACUAAGUCACCUCACCAGUUAGCAACAUUUCAAGCAUCUACAAGUGGCACUUUAGAGUGAUUAUUCAGAGCAAAAUAUCGUGUCGCAAUGAGAACGAUUUCAUUUCAAUUGUUCGACCCACCUUCUCCUCCCCUUUCAUGCACCGAUGGACUCUUCGAGCCUGUCAGACAACCAAUGCUCAGGCCGACCGCGAUGGCCGACUUGACGUAAAGGAGGCCGUCUACAUAUGCAGAUUUUCUACUUCACGGGGCUAACAUUCAUCUAGUUAUACGCUCUUCACAAAUGUGAUACGUGCAUCAUUCCUCACAAAACGUAUCGCACUCACAGCGACGUUGACGAAUUGCAUCGUAUGACCGUUGCAUGAGGGAUGUUGUUUUGACUGCUAGUUUGCCAUGAAUUUUGACUUGCUGUUUAGCCAUGGGUUCUCGUAAGGGCGCAUGUGACCGAAUAGGCGCAUGUUGUGCAAAUGCUCCUGAACAGUGCUGGCAAGAAAGGUAUGCCUAAUAAAUGUAUGCCGGAGUAGGGGUUAUUCGUGCGCAUCGUGAUGGAUUUGUAGAUAACCUACCAGGACGAUCCGUGAAUAAAAAAUGUCUUUGCAAACGACACAAUUCGCAGCCAUGUCUUCAUUGCCGGCAGGGGUAGUAAUGAUGGUGGUGGAGGGGGACGUUUAGAGCAUAGUGAGUAGCGUGUCGAACGUGGUGAAGACGGUUGCAGUGGUGUCUCGUGAUGUGAGGGAUGGAUUGGUAGCGCCAGCACUGCACAGAUUUUAGGAAUGCCCAACGAGGCCACUCCGUGCACCUGAAUGUCCACUGAUGACGUAGGCGCGAUUCAAAGAUUGGCUUCCGGCGUCACUAGGUUACUGUACUUGAUAAUUGCAAAAUCUGAUAUUUACUUUGGUCGCCUUUGUGCCGUUGACUUCGAAGGUAGUUGCUUCAGAGUUUACGACCGUGCAUCAGGCAUGUCGAUUCUGCGAGAGGUCUUCUCAGGUCUCAGGAUCGGUUUGUAGGCGAAUGGAAGGGAUUUCAGGGUGUCCGUGUAGCAUGUCUUGAGCGGGCUCCCGUCGUCCAUACUCGGACGUGUCCGUGCCGACGCAAAUGUAUCUACUUCAACAUCACGUAGGUACUGAGGACGCCAGUUAUUUCUUGUAUCUCGUCGUCUGGGACAGUUUCCCGCUACUUCAACUUUAGCAUUCUCUGAAAGCAACCGAGAUGAAAGUAAUUUGGUUUCCAUACCCGUCUUUCUUGCGCAAUCGCGGCUACCGAUCCGUACAGCAGUGCUGUCAGGACAACAGCCCUCUACAUCUCCAGCUUUGUGGUUGGGGGAAUGCUCUGGCCGAAGGCUCAACUGGCUUCGCAUAUCCAUCUCGCAAUUUGACUAACGGUCUCGAUGCUUUUUGGAGUCGUACCGCCCGGGUUCGCCGGUUAACAUUUGUCCCUGAUUCGUUGUAUUCAACAGUGGGCGUCCGUUGGUGCAUAUACACUAGCUACACUGUGUUCAGUCCGAAUUCGGAACAAAUAGAGUUGAAGAGAUUAGGAUUCCGCUGCACGUCCGCUUCCGUCGUUGUAUUUAGUAUGCAGUCAUAAUCGAACAAGAGGUGUUGGACACUGACCUUGAAGGGUCUCGAAGUUGCCCGUGUGCGUCGGAUGUUGAGCUGUUGUUCGUCAGUCCGGUAGUCGGCGUUGAUUCCCAGAUGCUAAUCACGGUAGGCGUCCAUCGAUAUGGUGAAAAUAUUGAGGCUGAAGAGGGUUGGAGCGAGUAAGCAGUUCGGCUUCAUCCCAUUUGUCACCGCUUAACCCUUCAAGCCUGACCUGUUAUCCGUUACGCACGCCAUUAGUCCGUCAUGCUACCACCAUACAUUUGUGUAACUCGUUCCGGUAAGGCACGGGAAUAGGAGCCCCCUCUCAUCCCAGGGGUUUUACGGCGUUUUUCAAGGGAUUAGGUCUAGUGUUGAGGCCAGGGUUAGGAUUAAGAGUGGGGCUGCAUUUGAAGUAGGGUUAGGGUUAAGGACAGAGUUGAAUUUAGGGCUGGGUCAUGGUUAAGUUUUGAAUUAAGGUCAGGUUUAGGGUUAGGACAAGGGCAACCUUUACCCUUUCUGUCAUUUUGGGAAUAGCCACCCGUAUUACAGUGGUGUUCUUAUUCCCUCGUUUUACACUGGCAUCGGACAUCCGAAUAUAAACAUGAUUUACCAAUGUCUGCCGCAGGUUUUUUUGUUAAGGGCACUAGCUUAGUCUAUAGAAUCAGCCUAGGGGCUGGAAUUUGCGUUUUACUUUUGAGAGGGUUUUUUCUGUUUGUUCGUAUUCAGGCGAUUGGGUAAGACUCGAUGCGGAGCCUGCCUGUAAUGUUAAGAAGGGAGAUGCUCCUGUGUCACCACAGAGUUGCCGAUUCGCCUCGUGUGCGAUGGUUGCAUCCUGGAAGUCUUGACGGAUGUCAUUGUAGUCGCAUUCCAGGGAAACUUAAAGGGAUUCCGUCGGUGAGUUCAUGAUGAUCGUAUUUUUAAAUUUAGACUGGGCUUAUGCCGGUGCCUUGGGUGGCGGGGAGGGGGUGACCGCUAGGCGAUUUUUAGACUGCUUUGAUUGUUUCCUGAGGGAAGACGGGCGAAUAAGGUCGCUGUCAGUGUCCGCCCAAGGAAGUCGGUUUGUGGCCUCUUCUCUGAAUUAGGACGGGUGGUUGAGGAUGUCACUGAAGAAAACUUUUAUAUUUUUGAGCAUAUCUUUAAGACGUCGCCCUUCACUUCAGUAUCAGCAACGCCGUCUUGCCUUGAUAUUGGCUCAGUCCCCUCGGUUUUGACGGCUGAAGACUGUUUUGAUGACCGCAAAAAAGCCCUCCAUCUCACCGCGACGGACAUAUCAACGAAGUUCUUUUGUCGUGAAAGUUCAUUGAAAACACACUGCAUGCUUUUUCGCCAUUGUUAUCGAAACAGUCUUAAUGUCACCAAUGUGCGCUAACAAAAGUCUAAGAGGCAUCUUAGCAGGCUCCUUUAUUGGUUAUCAACGGUAGUAUUUAUCGAGUCGUCACUAUCAACAAUGAGAAGUUCCCCAAAUCGAAAUUCGGGCGGCUAAAGUCACUGCACCAAACUUAACUGCUGCAGGGUGUGCAAGCAGUUCAGACUUUGAGCCCAAAAUCAUCCCUUCAUGCCAUGAUGCAGCCGUUAAUGUUGUUAAUCACGACGUGAAGUGCGUGCGUGCGCCUAAGCCGUGUCCGUUUGCAGCCAAUCAUUGGCGAAGGGCAUUUCAAUCGGCUUCAGGUUAUCGCCACGCCAGGGCACAGGAAUUCAAUUAACGAAGGGCGAUAGCACAAUCAAAAGCGAUGCCGCUAAGCGGCCGAGCACGCGGCUACGGGAAAAGACUGGCUCAGUAUCCCUAGGAGAGACCGAAGUAGGUGAGAAUCGACGUCAGAGGAUUCGCUCCUGUCUAAAAAACUUUAUCAUUUAGACGACCGCUGCGGGUGCUGUAUACGGGAGGCAUAGAUGAUGAGACUUGAAUGCGUUCAGCUAUUGGGGACAUAGCGCAAGAGGCUGGGGUUGCAUUCGGAAGCAGAGAACAUGGAGGACAGUGAUCAGGGUGGGUGGAGGAACAUGGAGUUGGGGGCCAUUACGUUUUCUUCCAGAACUUCCGUUUAUCCCAGUUUGCUAGUUAUGCAAUUCUUAUACUACAGUCGAAAUUCAGCCCUAUCUUGUGAUACAGUGUUUAACACACCCAGGCUUUUCUUACCUUAGCGACAUCUGCAAAGUUGUCACUGCAACAUCGUGUUUGAAGCAAAAAUGCGGUGGUAUGCACAGUGGUAGGAACCACAUAAUCUUCUAGUGAGUGACGCACAGCGUUGUUCACGACACCAGACGAGGACGUACUCUAACAUUUUGCAGUAACGCGAGGCAUGUCCUACAGAUCUUCGUUUGAUUUGUUCUUAACUUCCUCAGAGCCUGUCAUUCGAGGAGCGCAGGCACAAGCGAUAGUGGUCACUUUGUUCGCAAGAAGCGCCAGCCUCAUGUUCAUAAAGAUAGAUGUGGUUGUUGUGUUGUGCUGCAUUUUGACCACCUGUUUUUGCCCAUGAUCCACCAUUAGCAUGCCUACUGGGUGUUGUGUUAUAAUGUUGGGGCACAAUUACUGGCCGAGUUCUCCUCAAACUGGUAGACAGUGCAACCACCGUCCAACCCGAUUGGCGAACCUGUACUUGUCGAACCACGAGCAGCAUGUGUCUUGCCUAUGGUACUCCAUACGUCCCUCUGAAAAUAUACAUACGUAUUUCUGCAUAAGUUUGCUGGCUUAAAUACCUCGGCUAAAUUUGCUUGUGUAAUCAUGUGUGGGCGGUUACCGAAUGGCGGAGGCUUAAUUCAGCUAAGCUGUGGAUGAGAGUUGCGCAAAAUUUGGUGUAGGAGGUGGCUACAUUUUGCUGUUUGGCGUCCAGUUAAACUGUCAGCUCACCAAAGUGACAGUCCCUCCAUGGAAAGCAUUUUAUGGGAACUCAUAGCCUUCGAUGAAUGUUUCUUCUGAAAGCGUACUCAGUUUGAAUUAGAUGUCUCUUCAAUUUUUGUAUACAUUCGAUGAUCGUUCAUCCAGGAACCUAGAGCUUGCAAGUGAACAAAAUCUUUCCUUAGUUCUUAGGAAAUCCGAAACCGAAGCGACUUUUGGGAAUGCAAACACACUUUUUCGGAGUAGAUACGGGAUAACGAUUUUCCACCCAUGCUCCAUUGAUGGCUUCCGCAAUCAAUAUAUGAAAAAUGUAACUCCGGAAUUAGUUGAUUUCUAUAAUUUUUAAAGUUGAAAUUAGGGGAAUUUGUCGAGAGUAAGUUGUCCCUUCCGUUUCAAUGAAUGUGGCCCAUUGUUGAGAUAACGAGAUACUUGAAUGAAAAAGGGAAUUUGAAAAGAAAUUAAAAGUUCUCACAGAAAUGACAAUUUGUUGAUGUCACUAAUAUGAAAGAGUGGGAUUAAGUAAAGUUUAAAGGUUGGGCCUCCUCAAAAGUAGGUUUCAGGGCUUGACGACCUGAACUGUAUUUUAUUGGCUCACAGACGUAAUUCUGGUGGAACAUAGGCAGCUUCUACCAUUUAUCUUGUUUGCGCAGACCUUAUGGUCUGCUAUAUGAAAUAAAAAAACUUAAUUUAUUGUCUUUUCACAAGUUUAAGCUUCCGAACUCGCUAAUUUUCCCUCAGCAAAGAGUGCCUUUUACAUCUAAGUACAAAAGGGAUCAUAAAAGUUCUUCCAUUUUUUCGACAAAACUCUAGUAGACUGAUAACUGGAUAAGCGCGGGUCAAAGGGAAAAUACUAUAGUUUAGGGCACACAGGCUGCCAAGUGUACCCAUGAUAAUUGAAUUAGUUAAACGCGCAACACAGGGUGUGGGGGAGGGCGUUCGUUCGAUCUCGCUUAUUUUUUAGUUAUUUCAAUCUGGUUUUUGUAUCUAUGCGUGAGGUUUAGAGAAGGAUUUAGCAUUUCAUUGAUAUUCGGGCAAUUUAAUAAACUCUUUUUGAGAGAUACUGCAAUCAUACGAUCUUCUAAAAAGAAAAAUUUAACACUAAGUAGUCAGGAUCAUUUGGAUGCUACCCUGUGCCUUCGUUAAUCAAUCAUCAAUAAAGCACUAUAAGGCUCGAAACCUUGUUUGUCUUCCGUUGGAUAGUCAAUUUGAAUCUUCUUCUACAACGUUUCUCUUUUAGUCAUUGAGUUUUUUUUUCUUAUCGCUCUAGGUGGCAGGUGCUUCUGUAAGCUGGGCCCUUGGGUACGUAAUUGAUGCUUCCGGAAAAGUCGAGAGCCUUGCCCCAAAGAUAGAUCUUGGUCAACCGGCCUUCGUUGGUAGCGUGACGGUUCUCAGUAUCGUUCUUGUGGCUCUCCUGGGAAUUCUCAUUUACGUCCUUUUAAAUCGAUGA